AUGCUCUACGGGAGCGGAGGCCAUGAUCCCUUGGAAAGCCCCCUCGCAGGACGCUCCGCACGGGUAUGGUGUUUCCUGGCUGCUGGAAACAAUUGGCUGGCCGUGUUCAGUCAAUGGGCAAACAGCACCGAGAAUUCUUACUUCCCAAGUGUGUUUGCUUGCCGCAUACCCCAAGGCGUGACGCUAGGAGGUGUUUUAGCAGCCCUCCUAGCUUUGGGUUGCACUUUGCUUUCGAGAUGCAAACCAUGGAUGAGAGAUCUGGUUUUGACAUACCUUUGUGUGGCGCCGACGCUUUGGCAAGAGCUCAAUGGAGCACCUUCGAUGCGCCAGUUUCUGCAGGCCUACAAGCAGGGUCACUACUAUCCAACCUGGCAUGAGGAGAUCUUUGGGUCUUUGAGAUGGAACUGGCUCCUCAUCGUGGCCUCCACCCAAAUAUUGAUUCAGGCUGGCUGCCAUCCCUGCACUUGUAUUGUUGCCACUGGCUCUUUGAUUUGCACGGUGUCUCUCCCUAUUCUCAUCGAGUUCCGGGAUCUCUACGCAUUGGUGGAUUGGCCUGACUGUUUAGAGAGCUCCUUGUUGGGGCUGGGGGUUUUGCUCAGCCACCACGUCGACUGGCACGCGCGGAUGAAGGCAAUUCACUUGGGCAUGCAGCAGAGCAGCGAGAACGCCGACGCCGUGCAGUGUGCCGGGCGGAGCCGCGAAGGGCUGGGGCCAGGCGAUGAGAUGGAAUUGGUCGAGCUGCGGGGCAGAGCUGAAGAAAGGAUGCAGGAUUUUGCGAAGGCAAUGAAGGUGGGCGUGGUGGUGCAUGCAGAGACGGAACUCCAUCCUGACACUGAUGAGUUUGAUCUUCCGAUCACUUCUGAAGGUCUCAAAGACACCGAGCUGUUGGCAGAGGAGUUGAAAAGUGCCGAACUCAUCUUCGAUGUGGUGAUCUCAUCCCCUUUCUUGUGCUGCUUGCAAACGGCUUGGAUCUUGGGCGAACGCUUUGGGGCAGAGGUCUUGCUUGAUGAAGACUUGGCGGGUGAGACAACCUACCCAUCCCCGUUCACCCAUGCGCUCUACCCCUUAGACAGCGGGGUGAAGAUUGGUCGAGUGAUGGAUCAAACUGGAGAAUCUGAUCUAGAAGUGAGAUAUGCCAAGAGGUUCUUGGAGUACCUCGGAGAGUCCUUCCACUCGAAGAAGAACUUUCUUUUGGUCACACACCCUCGCAGCCUAGAGGUUUGUAUGUCGAUCUUGCCUCCAGUGCAGCAACGUAAGAUCAUCUCACUGCGCCCUUUGGCCACUCUCCUUGCCUUGCGCGACCCAGCGAUCACUCUGCCCCAGAGAUCUGAGCCGCCGUUGCUGUUACCGGGAAGGCGAUGCCGGAGCCAAUCCCUUGAUCUGCCAAGGCGAUGGAAAUUUCAUGAUCCGCAGCGUCGGUUGGAAGAGCUGAAUGAAUUGCUUCAAGCUGUAGACUUGAACUCUUGGUCAGUUUGGCUUCGCGCCGUCACCACCCAAAUGGCGCAAGGUGGCCAAGGCAUGGUGAGUUCCCCCUCACCAAGCCUUGGCUCGAGCUGGGAGGAUCUCCACCAGUCGCUCACCGAGCUGCCGCAACGGAGGGCUCUCACCACAGCACCUUCUCGUUUGACCCGUGUCGGCCGACCCUUGGGCAGUCGUUGGGGAAGCUUCAGCACGUGGCCAGCGUCGAGCUCUGUGAGCCACGCGGGGUCUUUGACAGUCAUGCUGCAGGUGUCACAGCAAAGCUUCGAGAAGUACCCUGCGGUGAGAGGUUAG